AUGGAACGAUUAAUGAAAGAGGAAAUAGAGAAAAAAGCAGAAAAUCCUCAGUAUAAGAAAAAAACCAAAAAGCAAUUAGCGGAGGAAUUAAAGCCAAAAUCCACGAUUAUUAAUUUAGAAAAGUUUAGAAAAAAAAGGUUAGAAAAACAAAGACAAGAAGCCCAAGAAUGGGCGGCAAAAAGAGAAAAAGUGAUGAAAAGAAGACAAAAAGCCGCUGCUAAAUUAAAGCGGAAAAUGAUAAGCGAACAAUUACAGGCGGAAAUUCAGCAGUUAAAAGAGGAUGGGAGUUAUAAGAUUAAAGAUGGAGUGUGA